UCGAAAAUUGUCCUCUUGAAGUCCCAUUACCCAUGGCAAUUUUCUGUCCAAAAGUGAAAAUAUAUUUUAUAUAUGUAUAUAUAUAUCUCAUAUCGUCCUUUACUUUUUUCUGGGGGUAAAAUUGAGAAACUUUGACAAAAUACAGGUGGCAUUUCGGGAUAUUUUAAAACUACAGGAAGCAUUUUGCAAAAAGGGCCGGACUUCCCUCUCCUCCUCCCUGCUCUGUGUAGCGAAGCUCGACAAAUCCCGUCAAUGGCGGUCGCUACUCUCCCCAAGUAGCCACGGCGACCAUCUCCUUGCGCCACCGGACUCCAGUUCAAGUGGGUGCCCCAUUUCUCUGUUGAAUUUGUCCCCUUUUCCCAAAGCGGAAACUUAUUUUGAAAAAAUUCGUCGUGCGGUGGUCGGUUUAGCCAUCUCAGCGGCUCGCGGCGGUUAACGGAGAUUUGUUGAUACAUGUGUGAGGAAUUCCUUGAUCUGUGAUGUAGGCCCCAUUUCCUUUAUCAGUGGAUGCUGUACCUGUUGUUCAACCUGGCUGAUCUUAACUCCUCAAUUGAAUCUGAUACCAGUUUCUGUCUGUGUUGCUUUAGCUGCGAUUCUUUUGUUUGUGUCAGAAAUUUCGAUUGGAAUUACCCAUAGAUAGCUUCGUAGAACCCUCGCAUUAUUCGUUGCUUUCUCAUUUUCUUGCUUCUUCCGCAUGCGUAUGUAAUGGAGCUAGCAAUGGAUGGAGGAUUCAGUGCUAUAUUGUGAUUUCCUACUUUUCUUCUUUUUCUACUUAAUUUGACACUGGAUGUCGUAUUGUUUAUCGCAAAUGUAGCAGCAAUCCGACAAUUGAGGUAGAAGUUAAUCAUAAAGCACCAAUUUGCCAUGGAAGUGACCUCUAAAAAUGAGCUUCCCGUCACUCUGUAUAACUUUUUACUAAUUUUUUCCGGUGAAGUAAAAAUCUCUGGUAAGACAAAGAAUUACGUUUUCUUUUCAAAAAAGUUAGAAGGCAAAGAAUUACGUGUUGCCUCUGUCUCUCUUUGUUGACUUUAUUUAUGUGUGUGCAGAUUUUGAUAUUAUCUGCUGGUUGUGGUUCCUCAAGGUUAGAAGUAGAUGUCCUCGGUGAUGUAUUUAUUCUAGGUUGGAGUUGGAUGUCAAUAUUAAUCCUCAACUGAUAGCUUUCCUUCAUUCACAGCUUCUCGAACAAUGAUUUUAUAUCUGAGCCAGUAUUGUUUCUUUUUUCAACUUCUUCGUGCUUGUGUAAUUUUGUUAAAAGUUAUAUUAAUAUUCUUAGAAUUCUUUUUUUACUAAUUUCUUUUUUAGUACAUGGCGCAAUACACAUGCCUUUGCCUAGUAUACUUACAAGUCAUGACAACUCCCCCUUUUUUCAUGAAUAUUAUUGAGAUAACCAUCAUACACUUGUGAACUAGCUGAUCUCAAUUUCACAUAAAAUAUGCUUCCUUCGAUUACGGUUUUUGCAUUUCUGCAGCUGAUCUAACUUGCCCGAGCACAGUGUCUCUGUCAAAGAUAUAGGCUGCCUGUGCUUGCAUUUCUUGCUCCAUUCUCUUGUUUUCAUGGUUGCCCAUGUUUCCUGUAUCUGGUCUUGGCCAAGACUUUGCAUGCAGAUGAUUGCUGAAUGCUGCUUUAUUUGGCUGCAUUAGCUUCUGUAUUUACUCUACGCUUUUCCAUGAUCUUCUAUUAGCUGAAUCUUUUUUCUUGCUUGAAGGCUGCUAUCAGUGCUCUCUUAACCUUUUGAUUGUGCUGGUUCUCUUUCUCUGUUGGUCAAUCUCUGGUGGAAUUUGAGAAGAGUAACAAUCCAUCACAUAUCCUGAUCUUAAACCGUCCACAGAGUGGAGGUGACUGGCUAAAGAUGUGUUUUAAUGUCUAUUGCUCGACACGUUCCAUCAUUUUUUGCUUGACUGAUUGUCUGACCAUAUUGUCGGACAAGGCUUGCAUUUCCUUCUUAUUUGCUGUCUAAGCCUUGCGUUCACAUGACAUGCAACUUGUAAAAUAACCUUCUUUGCCAGUAAUAUCUUAUCAUGAUGAUGCACAUUCCAUUUUUCUUGGAAGAAAAUGUUGUCCUUGCUCUUCAUAUUUUUCUGUAGUUCAUGUACGCUUCUUUGCCUUGUGGAUGAAAUACUCCACUACUAGAUUUUUUUUCUUUUUUCUUUUUUUUCCUUUUUGGGUAUAAUAUAGUGCUGUAUAUGUGAGACUGCCUGUUUAGCCGCCCUCGAGUUACAGCAAAUUGUGACUGAAAUAUAAGUUGAAGUGGUAUGCAUCUUGAAAGAAUGGGGAUUCGUUUCUCUCUCUCAAUAUGCAAGGAGAUUGGCUUGAAGUAUUCGAAUGUGUACAAGUUUCAAAUCCGUGUUAAGAGGAUGGCUAGGAUCAUGUAGACGUCUGAGGAAUGCACGGAUUUGCUCUCCUCAGGAGAAGGAAAUUCAUCGCAUUGCCUUAUUCAUUCAUUUUCUACUCUUCUUCUGCUUCAGCUUACCGUCAUACCCUGCGAAAUUAUGACCUCACCACUUGCAUUGCAACCUUACAGUCAUGUGCUCAGCAGCAGGAUCUCGGAAAAGGCAGAGAAACCCAUUGCUAUAUGCUCAGAAAUGGCCUCCUGGACUCCCCCUCAUCUAUCACCAGCCUUAUCAACAUGUACUCGAAAUGCAACCGGAUAGGUUACGCUUUUGGCAUCUUCAAUACUGCAUCACCCGAUCGCAAUGUUUUUGCAUAUAAUGCAACCAUUGCCAGUCUUGUUGCACAUGGGCAAGCUGAAAAGGGGAUUGAACUAUACCGAGAAAUGCGAGAAAUUGGUAUUAUCCCUGAUAGGUUCACAUUCCCUUGUGUUAUAAAAGGCUUAUCUGACCUCAUGAAUGCUUCAGAGGUCAAAAAGGCUCAUGGGUUGGUGUUUAAACUGGAGCUAACUUUGGAUGUGUUUGUAGGCAGUGCCUUAAUUAAUUGCUAUUUAAAGUUUGGGCUAAUGCAGGAGGCAGAGAUGUUGUUUGAUCGAUUAUCCACAAGAGAUGUUGUGCUGUGGAACUCAAUGGUUAAUGGUUAUGCCCAGACGGGCCAGUUAGAUAAGGCUCUGGAAGUCUUCAGAGAAAUGUGUGAAGUUGGAGUAGUCCCCAGCAGAUUUACGGUCACAGGGGUUCUCUCGGUUUUCUCUGAGAUGGACGACCUUGAAAGUGGGAGAGCCAUUCAUGGGUUUGUGGUAAAGAUCGGGUAUGGCUCAAGCGUUCCAAUUUGCAACGCCCUGAUCGACAUGUACAGCAAAUGCAAGUCUAUGGAGGACGCUUUUGAAAUUUUUGCGACAACAGAGGGAAAGGAUUUAUAUUCAUGGAAUUCGAUAAUAUCAGCACAUGAGUCUUCUGGUGAUUAUGAUGCGACUUUGAGGCUCUUUGGGAAGAUGUUGAGCCGUAGAGUUCGGCCUGAUUUGGUCACAGUCACAACCGUCCUUCCAGCUUGCUCUAAUCUAGCAGCUUUAUCUCAUGGUAAGGCAAUUCACAGUCAUAUUUUAGUGAGUGGAAACCGCUAUGAUACCAAUGAUGUGCUCUUGAACAAUGCUAUCAUGGACAUGUAUGUGAAAUGUGGGAGCAUGAGAGAUGCAUUGUCAGUCUUUGAGAAUAUGAGAAAUAAAGAUGUGGCUUCAUGGAAUAUCAUGAUCAUGGGCUAUGCCGUGCAUGGUUAUGGCAAUGCGGCAUUAGAUUUCUUCAGACAGAUGCGUGAUAGAAGAUUUAGGCCGGAUAUGGUAACUUUUAUUGGGGUUUUAUCGGCAUGUAGCCACUCUGGUUUUCUCCGACAGGGCCGCGAAUUCUUGGCCCAAAUGGAAUCAUUAUAUGGUGUGGUACCAACCGUGGAGCACUACACCUGCAUAGUUGACAUGCUGGGUAGAGCCAACCAGCUGAAGGAGGCAUACGAGAUCGCACGGUCAAUGCCAUUCGAGUCCAACUCGGUCGUGUGGAGGGCUCUAUUGGCGGGUUCUCGGCUCCACGGAAAUGUAGAAAUUGCAGAGAUUGCCUUGACGAAGGUGCUCGAGCUUGACCCUGGGCACUGCGGAAGCUACGUAUUGAUCUCCAACGCUUAUGUGGCAGCAGGUCGUUAUGACGAAGUCAUAGAUGUUAGGGAUCUGAUGAGGCAAAAGAAUGUGAGGAAGGUCCCUGGGUGUAGUUGGAUCGAACUUAAAGAUGGUGUUCAUGCUUUUAUUAACAGCGACAAAACUCAUCCCCUGAGCGACCGUAUUUAUGCAGAGCUACUGUCAUUAACUGCUCGUUUGUCCGAACAAGGGUACGUUCCUGGCACUUGAAGUUGGGCUGGAUGAGGAUUAUUCUUUCGUGCGUUCGAAAUUCAAACACUUUAUCACUAAUUCCAGGGGAAAUAAUCUUAACAUGUACCAUAUCUUUUGGAGAUAGCUAUCAUGUAAUAUCAAUCCCAUGGAAUGGGAGGCUUUUGCUCAACCACCAUCUUUUAGUUUUGUAA